AUGUCCCAGCUGCGCAAGGUACCUGCUUUAGAAACUGCAGAUGGGAAGUGUAUUUCAGAAAGUAAUGCUAUAGCUUAUUAUGUGGGUAAUGAUAAACUACAAGGGGCCACUAAACUUGAUCAAGCUCUAAUCUUAUCCUGGAUUAAUUUUGGUGAUAAUGAAAUUCUACCACCUGCAUAUACAUGGAUCUUUCCAUGUCUUGGGCUUACACAGUAUAAUAAACAAAGCACUGAAAAAGCUAAAGAAGAUGUGAAAAGAGUUCUAAAAAUUUUGAAUGAUCAUCUCUUGACACAUACCUAUCUAGUCGGUGAAAGCAUUACUCAGGCUGACAUAAGUUUAUGCUGUAAUUUAUUAGCCCUAUACCAAUUGGUUCUAGAACCGUCCUUUCGGGCACCAUACCGAAAUGUAAAUAGGUGGUUCAACACAUUAAUCAACCAACCUGAAUUUAAAGCUGUUUUGGGGAAUGUAACUCUUUGUGAAAAAAUGGCACAGUUUGAUGCUAAAAAAUAUGCAGAGAUUCAACAACAGUUAGGUAAAAAUAAACCAGCCAAAGGAAAAGAAGAAAAACCUCAAAAGCCCAAAGAGGAAAAGAAGAAAAAGGAGCAGAAACCUAAAAAAGAAGAGAAAGAAAAAGAAGUUGCUGAUGAACCUGAUGAGACUGAAUUAGUCUUAGCUCAAGAACCCAAAUCCAAGGAUCCCUUUGAACAGUUUCCUAAGGGGACAUUCAACAUGGAUGAAUUCAAGCGAGUUUACAGUAAUGAAGAUGAAAGUGUAUCUGUGAAGCACUUUUGGGAGAAGUUUGAUCCUGAGAAUUAUUCGAUUUGGUAUUGUGAAUAUCUCUAUCCUCAAGAACUCACUCUUGUUUUCAUGAGCUGUAAUCUUAUUUCAGGUAUGUUCCAGAGACUAGAUAAAUUAAGAAAGAAUGCUUUUGCAAGUGUCCUCCUCUUUGGUGAAGAUAACAAUAGCACCAUUUCAGGUAUUUGGGUGUGGCGUGGACAUGAGUUGGCUUUCAAGCUUUCUGAAGAUUGGCAAAUUGAUUAUGAAUCAUACAGUUGGAAGAAAUUAGAUCCAUCCUCAGAAGAAACAAAGAAACUUGUUACUGAAUAUCUUUCUUGGAGUGGAGACUUUGGAGGGAAAAAAUUCAACCAAGGCAAAAUUUUCAAAUAAAUGUUACCAUAGGACUAUUAAAUUUUUCAUUUAAAAACAUUCUGUGAAUGAAAUUGUUCUAAUAAAAAGUUGGAAAGAAA